GUGAGGUGUACCUAAGGAAGUACCCAAGCCGUCAAACACUGAGUGGAACUGAUAGGCAACAGGCAGAGAGACGCCUGAUUUGGAUCAAAUAAAUCUGCCAAGAUGUGGAAGAAGUCAAAGGUCACACAUCAGACAGCCACAGGCCAGGGAGCCGGCAUCAAGAAGAGGGCCAGGCUCGCAGGUGUCAUGAUUAUACAGUUUAUAGAGCAGCUUCCUGAGGGCAAAAGCACCCCAGAUUUCCUGCACAAACCCAUCUCUCUAACCAUUCAAGAGGGUAAAUCAGCCAUUUUCAAAGCCCGCGUGUGCGGGGACCCCAUACCCGAGGUGUCAUGGGGGAGAACUAAGGGGGAUAUGUCAGAUACAGAAAAAUGUCAAACCAAAUAUGAUGGAGCAACUGGUGAAUAUUCUUUAGAGAUUCCUAGGGUUUCUGAAGAGGAUAUAGACACUUACAAAUGCUAUGCUACCAAUAAAUAUGGCAGGGCUGUUUGCACUGCAGCACUGAAUGUGAUUGGAGAUUUUGUAUCUAGUAGAUGUCACCAUGUGUAUCUCCAUGUCAUCUGGCAGGAUAGUGUAAUGAUUCCAAAUACUGAGGAGGACAAUUUGAAGCACAGCGCCACAACGGUUGGAAAUGAGAUCAUAUUCAAAGAGGAUGCUGGGCUGUAUUCGGAGAGUGUUGAGAAGGCCAAUCCCUACUCAACAGACUUUAAGGUUCCCUCAAUGGACUUCCUUGUCAAAUUCCAUGAAGUGAAGGCCAAGGAGAGAGAGGAUGCUCUGUUUGAGUGUCUCCUGUCGCAUCCCUUCCCAAGAAUGAAAUGGAUGGGCAAAAAUGCCACUCUGCAGGAUGGAGAAAAAUACACUAUCACUGUUUCAGAAAACAAGCUUAUCCACAGACUGCUAAUUAAGGACUGUAGCCAGCUAGACAAGGGAAUCUACUCUGCUGCAGCAGGACUCAAGAUCUGCAGUGCUUGGCUGAUAGUGGAAGCUGACAGCGAUCCAGCUUUACGUGGUAGAAAGAAGGCCCGUAAAACGACCCAAGCUGGUGGAUCAGGUUUGGAUCUGGAAAAACUGGCCCAAGAGCAGGAGGCCAAACUGGCACUGGAGAGGAAGGACUGGAUUGAAGCAGCAAACAAGGCCAGAAAGGAGGGGGUAGCCCAAAAGGCACUCCUGGCCACCUCUCCUCUUGACAUCGGAGAUAAAAACAGUGGGGAAGGCAAUGAAUCCGGGAGGAAAAAUAACAAGUCUAAAGGUGGAUCAAAGAAAUCCAAAGCUGGUGGGAACUUAGUUAAUGUCAAGGAAGGCACUGAAAUGGAUGGAGAUCCCAAUGCAAGAAGUGGGACAGGAGAACCUGAGGAGUACAUUGCUGCCUCUGAGAACAGUUUUGGUCACGCAAGGCAAGGCCAACUGCUGAAAGACACACUGAUUGAUAAAGGAAUUCAGUAUGUAAGUGGGUUGUCAAACACCAAUGCAGUCAUCGGCCAGCCUGCUGAACUCAUGUGUAAACUGAGCAAAGAUAAUUGUGAAGGGGCCUGGUACAAAGAUGGCAAGAAGCUGACAGCAGACGAUAGACACAUAAUGUCCAGAGAUGGUCCAUGCCACAAGUUGGUCAUCAACCAUUGUCAAUUGGAGGACUCUGGAAAAUACUGUUUUGAGGCAGAUGGGCGUAAAACUGAAGCAAUCUUUCAAGUGGAAGACCCUCCCAGAUUUGACCCUAAUGACCUGUCAGCAUUCUCUCAGCCGGUCAUAGUUAAAGCAGGAAAUAGUGCCACUUUUAAAUUGCCCUUUGUGGGCCGUGAGCCCAUAAAAAUCCAGUGGUACAGAAAAGGAGAGGAGCUUGUUGAUAACAACACUACAAAGAUAGAGAACUUCAUCAACCAAAGCCGCCUGCUACUCAGCAAGUGCCAGCGCAAAGACACCGGAGAGAUAAAAAUCAAGCUCAAGAACGAAUGUGGUACCAUGGAGGCUUUCUCAAGACUCAUCGUCCUUGAGAAACCUAGUGUGCCCCAGGGCCCCGUGGAGGUCCUUGAGAACACUGCCUUUUGUAUUAGCAUCAAAUGGAGAGCUCCAAAGGACGACGGUGGCUGCCCAGUAAUACACUACAACCUUGAGCGCCAGCAAGUAGGCCGCAACACCUGGAAGAAAAUGGGAGAUGUCUCUGGCAUGCCAGAAUUUGAAGACAAAUGUGUAGAACAUGGCAAGAAAUACCGUUAUCGUAUCAGAGCAGUCACGGAAGAGGGGAUCAGUGAUAUAAUGGAGACUGAUGACCUCUCAGCUGGCGCCUUGGCCUUUCCUAGUGCCCCUCCAGAACCAAAAGUCGCCAGUGCCUUUAAUGACUGCAUCAACCUGACAUGGUCAACACCAAAGAAUAUUGGCGGGUCUCCCCUCCGGGGCUACAACUUGGAAAAACGCAAGAAGGGGAGCAAUGUUUGGAGUCCUGUUAACCCUACAGAUAAGCCUAUCAAAGAAAAUAAAUAUGCAGUGGCAGAUGUUGUAGCAGGGCACGAAUAUGAGUUCAGAGUUAUUGCUAUCAACAUCUCUGGACUCAGUGAACCCAGUGCUUCUUCAGAGUUUAUUUUUGCCAGAGACCCAAAGAAGCCCCCAGGCAAAGUGAAAGACUUGAAAGUGGUAGACACCUCUUACACCACCCUCUCCCUGUCCUGGAACAAACCCACAGAGGAAGCUGGGGUCCAGGAUGAGGCCAAAGGGUAUUUUAUAGAGAUCAGACAAGCUGAGUGUAUUGACUGGACCCGCUGUAACGUCAACCCCAUCAUCCUCACCGUCUUCACUGUGAAAGGUCUGAAGGCUAUGGCCAUGUACUGGGUCAGGGUGAUUGCUAUGAAUGACGGAGGAAACGGAAUGCCUCAGGAUCUGGACACCAGCAUCUUGGCCAUGCCUCCACCUGUGAGACCACGUUUUACCGAUAAUAAGAGGAAAGGUUUCAUGGUGGUGAAAGCAGGAAAUUCUGUCAGGAUCCUCUUAAACUUUGAGGCCUCCCCAUGGCCAGAUGUUAUAUGGCUGAAAGACAAUGUUCCUGUACUAAAGCGGGUCAAUAUCUCCAACUCUGAAUCUUCAUCUCAGCUUCUGAUCACUUCCUCUGAGCGCUCUGAUUCAGGGAUCUAUACAAUAGUGGUCAAAAACCUAGUGGGCCAAGAGAGCUUCAGUGUGGAGGUCAGGGUUACAGAUGAUCCCAAGCCUCCAGGACCAGUACAGCUUGAGGAGAAUGUCCCCGGUACCGUGACGGUGAUCUGGGAGCCAUCCGCUGAUGAGAAGCGUGACGACCACCUCCACUACUCUGUGUCUAAAUGGGACUCCACCAAAGGUUCAUGGAGCAUGGUGGCGGACAGGCUCUUCAACAAUAAGUUUACAGCCUGCAACAUCCUGCCUGGCAGAGAGUACCACUUUAGGGUCUACGCUAAGAACGACAUGGGCGUAUCUGCCCCAUCCGAGUCUCCCACGUGGGGAAAAGAGAGAAGGAAAGACAAAUUUGAAGUGAAUAUUCCAUCUUACAAGACCUGCGAUAUGUGGACCGCUCCAGCCUUCCUUGUGCCACUCAGACAGCGCACAGCCCCCAAAGGCUACGAGUGCUACAUGAGCUGUGCCAUCAAGGGAAAUCCCAAGCCUCGAGUCACAUGGUACCGCAACAACGUCAGCCUCAACACGGACACCAACUACUUGAUCACCAACACCUGUGGUGUGUGCUCCUUGUUGAUACUCCGUGUGAGCCCCAAAGACUGGGGCGAGUACACCAUUGAAAUAGAAAGCGACCUUGGGAGAGCAGUGUGUUCAAGUCAACUCACGGUCAGAGAAUGAAGGAAGAUAAUUAUGUUUGAUGUGGAUAUCUGGAUUCACGCGGAUUCAUUACCUGAAAAACCUGGAUCGAGAUGCCACUGACCUGGGAGCCAGGGUUCGCUAGACUUAAUUCUAAACUUUAAUCAAUUCACAUUACCAAAAUGACAGAAAGUGUACAUGCUUACAGAAAGAUCCCACAGGCCUUGUGGAUCCUGUGGGAGUGACAUGUGGUAGUUGAUAUGAAUGCAGCUGACAUUACCGUUGAUCUUAUUAAAUAUGAAAUAUAACCAGACAAGACUCAUUUAUUUAGUCAAUAAUUUAGAGAAUUCCACUAUAUCAUGGUGUCUUCAAAUAAAGGGGUUUGGCAACAUCCUUGAAGGACUCUUCUUUCAUUUAACAAAAAUGUACAACUGUUAUUUUGCCCCAUAACAACCUACAACACCCUAAUAUUCUUUCAGAUUAUUACUUAUAAACUCAUAUUCUGGUAUUGAAUGUCAUCUGUGUCACUUACCCAUAUGGUAAAUAUGUAAUAUGCUACAGUAUAUGGUCUGUAAGGACUGUAUCUCUACAUCCCAUUACUCAUAUAAACCAUGUAAAUUA